AAGAGCAAUCGGUGAGUUGAAAUCAGUGAUUUGCUGUAAUCACUGUAAUCAUAUGUUUGCCAUGUUGCUUUGACUAACGAGUGAGACUGGUGUGUGUUGGUUGAAUCAUCGCCUAAAAAGGUAACAUCUAGUUUUUGGCUUGUUGUUUAUUAUUAUUUGUACUGUGUAGCUGCUUCUUUUCACUUUUAAAAUGGCCUCUGGUACAGAAUGGAUUGAUGUUUUACAAAGGAAAGGAAUCAUUAAGAAGGAUGAAGCCACUAUUGAUGAUCAAGAUGAGUUGACUUUACAAUCAUCGGAGGGAGGAUUUAAUGAUAACCAGGAUAAAAUUGUGGCUUACUUUGAAAAACCCAAAAGUGAUUCUAAUGAAAAUAGUGACGAUGAUGAAGAUUUCCUUGACCAUUUAGGAGAAGACGAUGAAAGAGCUUUCCAUGAGUACCGGCAAAAGCGCCUGGCUGAGUUGAGAUUACAAGAAAUGAAGCCAAGAUUUGGUGAAGUCAUUGAGAUUACUAAGCAAGAUUAUGUUGAUCAAGUAAAUAAAGCUGGUGAAGGUAUCUGGGUGGUUCUCCAUGUUUAUCGAGAAGGUGACACUUUGUGCUCAUUGAUCAAUAAUCAUCUUAGAUAUCUGGCAAUGAAAUUUGUACACACCAAAUUCAUCAAAAGUCUGGUGCAACUUUGUAUUCCUAAUUUCCCGGAAUCCAAUUUACCAGCAAUUUUUGUAUAUUACGAAGGCGAGCUGAAAAAACAAAUCCUCGGCUCAGACUCAUUUGGUGGGACUAAUCUCAAGCAAGACGAUUUAGAGUGGAUGAUUUCAGAGACUGGUGCAAUCAAAACAAGCCUCGAAUCAGACCCAAGAAAAAAAUCUUUUAAACCAAGAAAACAUUACACAUGUUUAGGUGGUUUAGGUGGAGGUCGAGAUUCUGACAGCGAUGAGGAUUAGAAAGGGGUUCUAAUUUAACUCGAAUCGUAUUUUAUUCGAAUUACUUACAAAGUAUACAAAAAUCAAAUUUAAUGUAUGCAUUGUGUGGUACGGUUUAGCCAAUUAUCAAAUUUGCUACAUCAUCUUUGAUGGCCAAGCUCACUUAUGAAUUCGGUUUUUACAUACUUUGAAUAAAUCUUCCCAUGAAUUAUACUGAAUCUUGAAAUAAAAAAUCACUAAUUUAAGUAAUUUAAAGUCAAUAAAUGAGCAAAAAACAUGACUUUACAUAGC